CUCAGUCACUCACUUCAAGACAUGUUUUCCAGUUUCCGCGGUCUCCGCGCACUUUUGGUUCUCGCUUCAGUAUGUUCUCCAGUCUUUUCACUUCCGACGACGACGCCCGCCGGCCUCUCCGCUCGCGCUCUCUCCAAGCGCAACAUCGGUGAUUAUAUCGACAACCUAAUUUAUCUCGACGCGAAUAAGACGAACAUCUACACGGCGAUCUCCAUUAACCAGGAGACGUACGCGGCGCUCCUCGAUAACAAGUGGGGUGGUCUUGUAGUGUAUGGCGACAAGUACUCGGGCUCCAGCUCGUCCCAGCACUCGAUCGAAAUCGACCAGCUUUCUAUCCAAGUUGAGGAUGGUCGUGAGACUAUAGGCAUCUUGGAGGAGGACGUCACUCUCGAGUACUUCCACGCUCCUCAGUGGCCGAGCGAACUCCCUCACAUUUCAUACAACAACGUCGGCUACGCGUACUGGGGUAUCGACAUCAACAACCCUAUGUCGCCCAUCUACUCCUACUUCGAUGCCAAAUGGCCCUCAGACUACUCGAAGUGGUACUACGACAUGGUCAUCUUCUACGACUGGCUGAACCCCUCCAACACGGUCGAGAUCGACUUCGCCGGUAUCAUCGUUGCCGGCCAGACUGUCGACUGGACUACCGUUCUCGACAUUACCGAGCAGCAGGUGCAGUCUUACGGUCUCCCUAAGCUUGAUGGCAUCAACUCCCAGAAAGAGAUAUGGCUCAACGGCGACGGCACCUUCUACCUCGACAACACUGUCUGGGUCAACGGCCAGCAGGUCACCGUCACGACUGAGGUGGAGAAGACGCCUUCGGGCAAGUACGUCGGUGACAUCUACACCAGGAUCAGGUGGACCACGUACCCCGACGACAUCGUCAAGGUACUCUACGGCGGUAUCUCGGGUGCGAAGUACUACCCCGAGGGUGCGUACGGCUACUACCAGAUCCCUUGCGACGCCAAGGUCUCGUUCUCGUUUUCUAUCGAUGGCUACAAGUACGAUGUUGCGGAGGACGCGCUCGUUGCGAUCAACCCGUGGGGCGACCAGUGCAUUGGCUCGAUCUUCACUCCCGGCCAGGCCGUCUCUGCCGCGCCCGAGUGGGACGUGAGGAUCGGCUUCCAGCUGUUGAGCUCGUUCUAUCUCCGCGCUGGUAUCUACCAAAGCUCGAACAAGCCCUACUACAAGCUCCUCCCUCUCCCCACUCCGACCUGGGAAGGCUACACUUCCUACGGCUACCAGGGCUCGGGUGGAUACACUUCCGGCUCCAACACUGGCUACACCUCGGCAUCUGGAGCGUACGCCACCGGUUCGGGCACGAUGUACUCUUCCCCAUCCUCGUACAACACCUACAACACCGGUUCCGGUUCAUACAACACCUACAAUACUGGUACGUUGUACUCGAGCCAGUCGACGUACAGCACGUACAGCACUCCCACGUCCUCGUACAACAACGGGUACAGCACCUCGACAUACACUACCUCGACCCCGACGUCGUAUAACAAUGGCUACAGCAGCGCAUCCAGCUACAACGGUGGCAGCGGCUACAGCAGCGCCCCUGGCAACUACUACACCGACUCGCAGGGCUAUACCUACACCGUCGCCAGCACCAGCGCGUCGGGCUCGGGCUACUACUACUACACCAACUCCCAAGGCUACACCUACACCGUCGCCUCCGACUACUCCUACGGCACGCCCGCCGCUAAGCUCGCCGGCGACCUCGCCGCGACCGACGGCAGCAGCGACAGCGACGCGAGCUCGUGGAAGAGCAAGGCGCACCUAUAUGAGAUCAUCAUCAUCGUCCUCGCGGCCGUGCUUGGGGUCGGCAUCAUCGGAGCCAUCAUCGCGUGUGCCCUUGGCCGUCGCAAGGAGAAGGCAGGCCCGUCCGCGUACCGCUCUCUGCACGAGGCCGAGACAAGCGGCACCCACGCCCCGCUUUACGGCGCCGAGGGCGGCCAGUCGCGCUACGCCGAUCCUUACCAGGACAAGGAGUGAGUGGUCCGGGUUCGAACAUGAUCUCAUUGUUUCGUCUCUGUAGCUAGGGUAGGUUACUGGGUCGUUCCGCGCCUGUGGGGCUGACGGGCUCGUCUGUCGUCGUUUUCCUUUGCUUGCUUUCCACUUCUCUCUUCUCACGAUCAUGGACUUUAUUCAUUCAUGCUCUGGCCUAUAUCGAUAUAUCGCUACUGCUCUCCCUCACUGUCGUUGCAGCAUAAGUAUCUAGUAUAUACGUCCUACUACCGGAGGACACUGUUUCGUGAAGUUAGCUAAUCCUAUUGCGACUGAGUGCGCGCACAAGGUUGAAUGCUGAUCCG